AUGUCGAAGGCCAUUGUCAAAACUACUUUUGAGGCGCAUCGCACGCUGCGUCCUAUUUACACCGGUGGCAGCACGUCGCUAGACGCCAGUGGCCGCAUAUUGCUAACCUGCGUGGGCGAAGAUGCCUUGAUCGUGAAUUUGGAGACUGGUGACCAGCUUGCUAGCCUGGAAGGAGAUGGAGAAAUUAUCACUAGCUUGGCCAUUUCACCCUCGGCGUCGCACGCCAUUGUCUGCUCACGGUCAAUGUCUAUGCGCAUCUACUCGCUUUCUCCUUUCGAUGAAACCUCUCAAACUAUCGAGGCGGAGCUCGUUCGGACCCUGAAGCCACACACCGCGCCUGUCAUCUCGACUGCAGUUGACCAAACCAGCACUCUCUUGGCUACGGGUGGUGCAGACGGCAGUAUCAAGGUCUGGGAUAUUCGAGGUGGUUAUGUGACGCACACAUUCCAUGACCGCGGUAUCAUUUCUGCCCUCUGCUUUUUCGAAGUGUCUACUUCGGAGGAUGCCAAAUCUGCUUCCAACAAGAAGUCAAAGAAGAAGGCAUCUGGAGAUGAUGAUGAGGAUAUGGAGGAUGCUACUUCUGGUGCUACAGACUCUACCGCAGGGUUCCGACUGGCUAGUGGUUCUGAGGAGGGUAAGGUGCGUGUGUGGGAUUUACACAAGAGAAAGUCCAUCGCAGCACUGGAGUCACAUGUCUCUCUUGUACGAAGCCUGUCCUUCUCUCCGACGGAGAAUGCCCUGCUUUCCGCAUCUCGCGACAAAACUGUGAUUCUUUGGGAUGCACGCACCUGGAAGACUCGCCGCAUCAUUCCCGUCCUUGAAAGUGUGGAAGCCGCCUCGUUUAUCGCCGAUAGUGGGCUGUGUGUUAUCGGCGGAGAAAACGGCAAACUGCGAGUAUGGGACUGCAAUAGAGGAAGCGAGGUUACCGCAGAACAGCAGGCAGGAGAGGAGUUCGAGACCAUCGUGGCCAUUCAGUACUCUCCUGGUCUACCUUUCGUCAUGACUGUUCAUGCGGACCAGACGAUCCGCCUCCACUCCGUCGACGUGUUGUCUGAUUACAAGCCAGGAUCAAGCCUUGAGCCAUUAGAGAUCAUUCGACGGAUUUCUGGAAAUGAUGACGAAUACAUCGAUCUGGCUUUCGCGGGCCCUGAUCGCUCAAUGCUUGCCCUAGCUACAAACACCGAAAGCAUUCGAUUGGUAUCUGUCGCUCCCUCGGAGGACCGGCCUUCCGCCCAGAAUGAAGAGUUCUUUGGUGCCGAUGUCCAUCAUUUGGAAGGCCACGAGGAUAUUAUCAUCUGUCUUGAUGUGGACUGGUCCGGUCAUUGGCUGGCGACUGGAGCUAAGGAUAACACCGCCCGCCUCUGGCGUCUCGACCCCAAAAAUUCUUCUUUCCAGUCUUUUGCAGUCUUCACUGGUCACGCCGAGUCAUUGGGAGCGAUUGCUUUGCCACGGGUGCCGCCAGCUGCUGGAACUCCCGCAUACAACGAUCCUGUUAACCACCCACCCGCAUUCCUUAUGACUGGUUCACAGGACCGGACCAUCAAGCGCUGGGAUACAGGAAAGCUGGGCCAACUCAACGGGGGAAAGCCUCACUCUCCCAAGGCUGUCUACACUCGCAAGGCACACGAGAAGGACAUCAAUGCCCUCGACAUCGACAGCGCAUGUGCUCUAUUUGCCUCUGCUUCCCAGGAUCGUACCGUCAAGAUUUGGGACGUGGAAGAGGGAGCUGCAGUGGGUAUUCUACGUGGACACAAGCGUGGUGUCUGGUCAGUGCGGUUUGCUCCAAAAAAUACUCCCAUUGUCACUACCGAGGGUGGAACUAGCACAAGCCGUGGUCUAGUGGCUACGGCAUCUGGUGACAAGACUGUCCGGCUUUGGAGCUUGUCGGAUUAUACCUGUCUUCUGACGUUCGAAGGCCACACAAACAGCGUCCUCAAGGUGAUCUGGCUCCCACCUCCCCAGGUCUCCAAGGGUGAUGAUGACGAAGAUGAAGACGCAUCUGCCAGCAAGGAUGCUGUUCAAACGAGGCCCCUUCUUGCGUCAGCGGCCGCUGAUGGCUUGGUUAAAAUUUGGAACCCAUACAGUGGUGAGGCCGAAACAACUCUGGAUAACCACACGGACCGAGUCUGGGCCCUAGCUAGCCCAACACCAUCUGGGUCCAGAUCUGAUAUCAAACGAACCUCCUCAAAGCUCAACAGCACACCCUUUGCCCUUGUCAGUGGCUCUGCUGACUCGACAGUCACCUUCUGGGCCGACACAACAUCCGCCACAUAUUCCGCUGCGGUAAAUGCGGAAUCCGAGCGUAUUGAGCAAGACCAGCAGCUUCAGAACCACAUUCGUGCUGGCAACUACCGCGAAGCCAUCACUCUCGCUCUCCAACUCAACCACCCUGGUCGCCUACUGUCUCUCUUCACGGCUGCUAUUGACGCUGCUGAGGACCCCAGCCGAUCCGUAGAGGAGCGUGAGAUCGCAGCAAAUAGCUUGACCGGGAACCCUGCUAUCGAUGAGGUGCUGCAAACUCUAGGUACAGCCAAUCUGCGCACGCUGUUGCUGCGCAUCCGUGACUGGAACACCAACGCACGCACAUCGCGUGUCUCUCAGCGCAUCCUCUACGCUCUGUUCCGCUCGUAUCCUGCCUCGACAUUUGUCGAGCUGGCCACGUCAUCCGUGCGUGGUAAAAAUGGCCGCGCCGCGGGCAGCUUGAAGGAUAUUAUGCAGGCGUUAGCCGCAUAUACUGAGAGGCAUUACAAGCGUAUCGAGGAGCUGGCCGAUGACAGCUACCUGGUGGAGUGGGUGCUGAAUGAGAUGGACGGCGGUGUCGGCCUGGGUGGGCUGAUGAGCCUGGGUGAAAAACGUACUGAGGUCAAGGUAGACCUGGAGGAGCAUGAAAAGGAUGUGAUUAUGUUGGAGGCAUAG